AUGGGGGUGCUGGCGCCUGGACGAUGUCUCAUCCCCGGGAGCCGUUUUCCCACCGGCUCCCUGGGCUCCAGCCGCCCCACGCGAGCCCCCGUUUGCUUCUGGGGCCAGGAUCGCCCCUCUUCCAAGGCAGGCUUCCCUUCCUUCCACGCCAAAGACGCGCAGCCACGUUUCCCUGGGCCUCUAGCCCUGCACGCCUGGAGGGCCGGCUGUGCCGGCAGCGUCUGCUAUCGCCGCAAGGAUCUCUGGAAGGUGAGCCUGAGGGACUGCCGCAACGUGUCUGUGUUCCUGGCCCCUAGCGUGCUCCCACUGCUGGAGGACAAGCUGAGAGCAGAGCUGCCUGCCGGGGCCCGCGUGGUGUCUGGGCGCUUCCCGCUCCCCACCUGGCAGCCUGUGGCUGUGGCUGGCGAGGGCCUGGACCGAGUCUGGGCCUACGAUGUUCCUGGGGGUGGGCAGGCUGGGGAGGCCGUCUCCUCGCGGAUACCCAUCCAGGCUGCCCCCCGACCUAGUUCUGCCUGCAUCCUGGGGGCCCCUGUUUCUCAGGCCAGCUGAGUGUUCAAAUACGAUAAAGACUCUGUGGGUU